AUGGAUUUUGUGUUCUGCCUUACCUACUGCCGUGCUCACAGGGCUCCUGUGUUUUGCCUUAUCUACUGCCGUACUCACAAGGCUUCUGCGUUUUGCCUUAUCUGCUGUCGUGCUCACAGAGUUUUUGUGUUCUGCCUUAUAUGCUGCCGUGCUCACAGGGUUUCUGUGUUCUGCCUUAUUUACCACCGUGCUCACAUGGUUACUGUGUUCUGCCUAUCUACUGUCGUGUUCACAGGGCUCCUGUGUUUUGCCUUAUCUACUGACGUGUUCACAGGGCUUCUGUGUUCUGCCUUAUCUGCUGUCUUGCUCACAAGGCUUCUGUGUUCUGCCUUAUCUGCUGCCGUGCUCACAAGGUUUUUGUGUUCUGCCUUAUUUACUACCGUGCUCACAGGGUUUCUGUGUUUUGCCUUACCUAUUGCCGUGCUCACAGGGUUUCUGUGUUCUGCUAUGCGCCCUAUUUUUUAG